UAGUAGUCCACUUAUAGUAAUAGGUAAUAAUAAACAACAGUAAUACAAUAAUCAAGUGAGCGAGAUGGUCAAUAAACUGCUGCUGCUUUGCGCAGCCAUGGCGUGUGCGCUGGCGGAUCAACACCCCGAACAUGCAGCCUCUUCAAAGCCCGAGCCCACCCCUAAACCCGAGUCUCCCACCAAGCCGUCGGCCCCCGGCCCCGUGACCGUGACGCCGGCGGGCGCGAUCCGCGGCUCGUGGAUGGACUCGCGGCUCGGGCGUCGCUUCCAGGCCUACCGCGGCAUUCACUACGCGCUACCACCCGUAGGAGAGCUACGAUUUCAGCCCCCAGUCGACAUGACGACAUACCCAUCAGAAGUAGACGCCAGCGCAGACGGACCGGCAUGCCCAUUGCCCGUCGCACCCGGCGAGUAUUACGUCGACGAGGACUGUCUCCGGAUCAAUGUCUACACUCCAGAAAACAACAGGUCCCGUAAGCUGCCAGUAAUAUUUUUCAUCCACCCAGGAGGUUUCUACUCGAUGACGGGACGCUCCGACCUCUUUGGGCCUGAUUACCUGCUUGAUAGAAACAUCGUUUUGGUUACCAUCAACUACCGAUUGGCGUCUCUGGGUUUCCUGAGCACUGGUGACGCAGUAGCACCCGGCAACAACGGCUACAAGGACCAAGUGUCGGCGCUUCGUUGGGUGAAACGAAAUAUUGCUGCGUUCGGCGGUGACCCGGGAAAAGUCACCAUCGCUGGAUGCAGUGCUGGAUCCAUCAGUGUUAUGUUACACAUGAUUUCUCCAAUGUCUAAAGGAUUGUUCCAUCGAGGUAUUGCCAUGUCCGCCUCCCCCAUGGGUAAGCAACCUCUACCCUCGCACCAAUUUCAUUUGGCGCAAAAGCAAGCAAAGAUCCUCAAUUGUCCUACCAACUCUUCGCGAGCCAUUGUCGACUGUCUGAAGACCAAGUCCUGGCAGGAAAUUGGCAACUCACUUACAGGAUUCUGGGAUAUAUUCGGCUGGGAUCCCAUAGGUUUCUGGGACCCCGUAGUGGAGCCGGACGUAGGCCAGCCCCGCUUCCUCGCCGUGCAGCCUGAUGAGGCAGUACGCAAGGGACACAUGCAUGCAGUGCCGCUGCUCAUCAGCCAAACCGAGGAUGAGUUCUACUGGAAGGCAUUCAGUGUCACAAGGAACAAAACUCUUCUUGAUCGUAUGAAUGCCGAAUGGGAGAAAAUAGCGCCAAUUUCUUUUGCUCUCCCUGAAAAGAACUCCGCAGCGGCCAGUCGCCGUCUCAAGGAGGCGUACCUAGGCGGCAAACCAGUUGCAGACACCCCUGAGAGUAAUAAAGGACUUGGGAAGUUGUAUGGGGAUAGCUGGAUUGGACUUAAUACGCACAGAAUGGCGAACUUGAUGUGUCGACAUUCACCGCAGCCGGUAUGGUACAGCGUCUUCAGUUACAUUGGCAAUAACAGCUUCUACGAGGAUCCGCGCACUGGCAAGCCAGCCGGCGCGGCGCACCACGAUGACUUGAUCUACCUGUUCUCCAUGAGUUACUUCCGAACUCCGAUCAAGGCGCGCUCGCCGCCGCCGCCCGCGCCGCAGGACCAUGUCAUGGUGGAGCGCAUGACCGCCAUCUGGUACACCUUCGCCAAGCACGGCAAUCCAAACCCUCGUAAAGGCGAGUUGCCGGAGCUGUGCUCGCUGCACUGGCCAGCCAUGCAGCCUGAGGACAGGAAGUACCUGAAGGUGGACCAGCAAUUCUCCGUGCACGAGAAACUGCACGAGAACCGGCUGCGAGUCUGGGACGAGCUCUACCCCAUGCAGUUUUGAUCUCACAAUAU